AUGAUCCGCAACGCCCAACCUCUUCUUAACAAUGCUUACAAAGCACUUGCAGCAUCAGCUCGCACACUUAUGCUCCAGGAACAUCAUGGCAUGGCUAUUCUGAAACAGGAGAACAUCAAGGUUCCUCCAUUCGGUGUCGCAAAAACUGCCGCGGAAGCGAAAGCUCAGGCUCAGAAAAUCGGCGGUAAGGACUAUGUCGUCAAAGCUCAAGUUUUGGCUGGUGGACGAGGUAAGGGAAGAUUCGACUCUGGUCUUCAGGGCGGAGUUCAUGUUGUUUUCACUCCUGAAGAAGCUGAGGAGAAGGCGAAGAUGAUGAUUGGAGCAAACCUUAUCACCAAACAGACUGAUCACCGUGGAAAACUCUGUGAAGAGGUUAUGGUAUGCAAGCGACUAUUCACUCGUCGUGAAUAUUACUUCUCGAUCACACUUGACAGGAAUACCAAUGGUCCUAUUCUCAUCGGAUCGUGUCGCGGUGGAGUUAACAUCGAGGAGGUUGCGGCCACCGAACCUGAGGCUAUCGUCAAAGUUCCAAUUGACAUGACCGUUGGCGUUACCGAAGAAAUUGCUGCAGAUGUAGCUGCGAGAAUGGGUUUCAAGGGUGAAUGUGCUAAACAAGGUGCUGACAUAAUUCGCAAACUCUACAAUCUCUUCUUGAAAACGGAUGCUACCCUUGUCGAGAUUAAUCCUAUGGCAGAAGAUGUUAACGGAGAUGUUUAUUGCAUGGAUUGCAAGAUGCUUUUGGACACUAACGCUGAAUUCCGCCAGCCAGAGUUGUUUUCACUGAAGGACAAGAAACAAGAGGAUCCACUCGAGAUCCGCGCUGCCGCUGCAAAUCUCAACUAUAUUCGACUAGACGGCAACAUCGGUUGCAUGGUCAAUGGGGCUGGUCUGGCCAUGGCUACAAUGGACAUAAUCAAACUUCAUGGUGGAGAACCUGCAAACUUUUUGGAUGUGGGUGGCGGUGCAACGGUUGAACAGGUCACUGAAGCUUUCAAAAUUAUCACUGCCGAUGAGAAGAAGGUCAACGCAAUUCUCGUCAACAUUUUUGGUGGCAUCAUGCGUUGUGAUGUCAUUGCUCAGGGAAUUAUUCAAGCAGCUAAAGAACUUAAUCUCAAAAUCCCAAUAGUUGUUCGUCUUCAGGGAACAAAAGUGGAGGAUGCGAAAGCGCUCAUCGCUACUUCGCAGUUGAGGAUUCUUCCUUGCGACAAUCUGGAUGAGGCUGCCAAAAUGGUGGUGAAGUUGUCGGAUAUCGUGCAUUUGGCUCGAGCCGCCCAGAUCGACGUGAAGUUCGAGUUAUCAAUCUAG